AUGAGACCUCAUCAUCUUCUUCCUCAGCCCUCCAAGUCAACUCCUCCAGCCGUAGAAGACCCCGCCGGAUCCCACCGUCCACCGGCCGCGGCAUUAGCGGGCCUUCAUGGGCCCAGGAAGAAAGGGAUCAAGUCUACAACAAGCGUCCGUGCGUGGCUGGUGAUCGACUCCGGAGGCAACUCUCAAGUCGUGGAGGCCGGAAAACACGCGAUCAUGCGGCGCACCGGUCUGCCGGCACGUGACCUCCGGAUCCUCGACCCGGUUCUGCAGUGCCCGUCGACGGUGCUGGGUCGAGAGAGAGCUAUUGUCAUAAACUUGGAGCACAUCAAAGCCAUCAUCACUGCGCAGGAGGUUUUGUUAGUCAACUCCGCUGACCUUUCUGUCACUCCCUUUGUUGACGAGCUUCAACGUAGGCUGGUUCGUCGUCAACAAGAGGGUAAUGAUGAUGGACAUUCAAAGUUGCAUGAUUUGGGGGAGUCACAGCCGAUAAAAGAGAGCCGUCAGAACUCUCCAAGUGGGUUUGAGGGUCGUAAACAUGAUGGAGUAGGGAAAGAAGUGAAGAAUCAAUUAUAUGGAUCCAAGGUUCCUCCCUUUGAGUUUGUAGCAUUAGAGGCUUGUCUUGUGGCUGCUUGCACAUCCUUGGAAAAUGAAGCAAAGGGAUUGGAGGAAGAAGCUCAUCCAGCUUUGGAUAAGCUGAGUUCAAAGAUUAGUACUUUGAAUCUAGAACGUGUGCGCCAAAUCAAAAGCCGCUUGGUUGCUAUAUCCGGACGUGUUCAGAAGGUGAGGGAUGAAAUUGAACAUUUGCUGGAUGAUGAUGAAGAUAUGGCUGAGAUGUAUCUGACUGACAAGCUCUCUGUUGAGUCAGACCUGGAGAACUCUUCUACUUCGUCCAUGAAUGAGCAGAUGAGAAAUGAAAUAGAUGAUGAAAUUCAUCAAGCAGCUGAAGCGAACGACAGGAACAGCCAUACUGGUACAGGUACAAGCAAGCAGCUGGACGUUGAGGAGCUAGAAAUGCUUUUGGAGGCAUACUUUGUCCAAAUUGAUGGCACCCUAAACAAUUUAUCCACGCUGAGGGAGUAUGUAGACGACACAGAGGAUUACAUUAACAUAAUGCUGGAUGAUAAACAGAAUCAGCUGCUGCAGAUGGGAGUAGUUUUAUCCACUGCAACACUUGUGGUGAAUGCGUUUAUCGUUGUUGCCGGAAUCUUUGGCAUGAAUAUUGGGAUCGAACUGUUUGACGAAGAACUGAAAACGGGAAACAAGAAGUUCAUGUGGACUAUUGGUGGGAGUUCCAUGGGGUGCGUAUUCUUGUUUGUGAUUGCCAUUGCCUGGGGUAAGUAUAUGCGCUUGCUGGAUUAG